AUGUCAUCCCAUGGGAACGAUCCACGUCAGCCAUCGGCGGCGAAGCCUUACGUAGCCCCUGUGAUUGCUCCGCAAGACCUUCCGAUCGAUUACGCCGGUUUCAUCGCCGUCAUAUUAGGCGUCGCCGGUGUUAUGUUCAGGUAUAAGCUGUGUUCGUGGUUGGCUCUCAUAUUCUGUGCGCAAUCCAUUGCUAACAUGAGGAAUGUAGAAAACGAUCUUAAACAAGUUAUGAUGGCUAUGAUGUUUUCUUUAAUGGGACUGAUGACAAACUACUUUGGACCUCCUAGACCCGGUGGCAAGCAAAGCUGA